CGGGGGUUUUGGACCUCGGCCUCCGGGGCACGGUGAUAUUGCUGUGCGGUACGCGGUAUGUUCGUUGAGCUUAUCCGUUGCAAUUGGGUAGCUUCUAGGAUCUAGCAAGGUGCGUCGUUGAAUACCUCACCAAGGCUGCUGCAUUAUGUGUUAGUACAGGAGUGAUUUCCACAAUAAGAUUCUCGGUGAUCUUCCACCAGCCGGACCUUUUCAUCUCUUGUGAAAGUACAUUGGGCUAGCGUCGACGAGAGACAUUUGCUGAUAAUAGUGUUCACAAACGUUAGAAUGCGCAUACUGAGGGAAAGAUGAACGCGAGUCAUUGUGGCGGGCCCUCUGAAGUGCUUUCUGGUGCUUUGUGUUGCCGUGGUUACGUCACAAACACCUUCGCACUUUCCCAUCAGGCUUCUGCCUGCUUCAACAGUCGCCGCCUUAUCCUCGUUCCGCUCCCACAACUUUAUUUUUGGCAUAUAGGCCCCUCAUAUUGCCACGUUUCUUGCACCUCGCUAUCACCGGAAAAAACAGACAUGGCGGACGCACGUGGAGAAUACUGGUACUUUGAGCCAGGCGUCGACUCAACCAAGAUAACGGUACCAGAGCUGCGCAGUAUCUUGCUGAAGCACGGCGUUGGGUAUCCGUCAUCUGCGAAGAAGCCGCAGCUCGUAGCACUCUUCAACGAGUCGGUCGCUCCCCAGGCGGCGCAAGUACAGAGGACACAUGCGCGCACCAAGAGGAGCACGCACGGUAUCGUAGACAUGCCGUCAAGCUCGAACAGCACCGUCGACGACGCCGAAGAAGAUACACUGGUCGCGCCGACGCCUGCGAGACGGACUGCACGCCGAACGACUCGCGCUGCGACCGAAGACGCCGAGGACAUUGCGCCCUUGUCACGCGCAAAGACACCUUCGCGCGCCGUACCUGCAAAGCACAGCAGAGCGCUUGAGCCGGGGAUCGAUGAGCGUCCGGCAGCUCGGCGCACACGAAAGAGCAUCACGCCCGCCGUCAAGGAGCCAACGCCAGACCCAGAGACAUGGCAUCGCUCAGGCCCAGAAAGUCCCUUUACACAAGACAACCCCUUCCAGAGUGGUAGCUCGCCAGCAAUCCCCGAUACGACAUCACGCGACAAGAGCAGGAGGACACUUGGUUCAGAGCUGAAGACCAGGCGCAAGAGUGAUGCGCACCGCCGACGAACAGCUGAGCCUAGCACCGAACAGUACGACGAAGGCAUCGUAGUGCCCUCUCGUCAGACGUUCGACGUAGCUGCCCCACACACAAGAGAGGAGGAGGAGCACGAGAGCACAGAUGCAGGCGAAGAGUUCACUCCAGAAGAGCAGUUGGAGCUGGUACGCGAGCGUGCAAAGAGUGGCCAGGUCGACAUCCUCCCUCUUCGCAGACAUAAGAAGUCUUCGAAGGCAACAGGUACCCUGAAGGCGUUCUCCGCGACACUCCUGCUCACCACUGCCGCCGUGUUCGGUGGUGUAUGGAGGCAAGAGAAGAUCGAGGUGGGCUUCUGUGGCAUUGGACGGGAGGCUACGAGCCUUGCAGGCGUCGAGGUGCCGGAAUGGGCGAGUGAGUACUUUCCUCUCCCUCAGUGCGAGCCGUGCCCCCCUCACGCACAAUGCUACAGGGGACUGGAGCUUACAUGUGAUCGCGACUUUAUCCGCAAAGAUCACCCACUGUCACUGGGUGGCCUGAUUCCCGUGCCACCGACGUGUGAACCGGACAGCGCGAAGACACGCAAAGUUACGGCCGUCGCAAACAAGGCCGUAGAGAUUCUGCGAGAAAAGAGGGCUCAGUACGAAUGCGGCGAGCCGGAUGUAGACGGCAAGCCUGUUGAGACUCCUGAGGUCGCGGAAGAGGAGCUUAAGCAGACGCUGGCCGCUCGCACACAGAAGGGUAUGACAGACAAGGAGUUCAGUGAGCUUUUCGAGCGAGCCUUCCCGGAGGCUGUUCUCCGAGACGAGGUCGUCGAGUCCACAGAUGCAACUACCGGGAAGCGCAAGCUCUCAUCAACCUCUCUCGCAAAGCUCUCCCUCAGCUGCAGCGUCAAAAGAUCCGUCAUACAAUCCUUUGAACGACAUCUUCUCCAGAUUGUAAUUUUUGCGCUGCUCGUCGCCUCAGGAUCUUACGGAAGGUAUUCGUACACAAAUAGCCGAGCCAUGGAAGCCCGCGCAAAGCAGCUCGCUAGCGACGUCUUCGACAGACUUGCCAAUCACGCGGCCUUGAGCCAACAACAGCCUGGUGCCUACCCCGAGCGCGGCGUCAGCAUGGCACAGCUGCGAGAUGAUGUGCUCCGUAACGAGUUCUCAUCCAAGCGUCGACAGAAGCUGUGGGAGAGGGUGCAGAAGAAAGUCGAGUUCAACUCGAACGUGCGCGCAGCAGUCAGGACAGCGAACAGCGGCGAUGUUGCGCGCAUGUGGGAGUGGAUUGGGCCGAUGCACCUGCUCGAGGAUGGUCGAAGCCCUGCCAUGCGUGAGAGUGGCCGCUUCAGCAUCGAAAAUACACCAUCGACUGCAUCAAAGCAACUAAUGUCAGAAAAGAGGACAUGGGACGCGGGACACCCCGUGUAUUAGAGGCAGGGACUUAGUGUGGCGUGACAUAGAGUGGCUAUUUGCUAUUGGCGUUGUGGAGGUUAACUUUGCUUCGCACGAUACCACCUGAUAAUGACAUCUUUUAUUGAUCUCCAACCUUGGUGUUCUAGAAUUCAGGAC